GGAAAUUAAAAAUGCUAAAACCCAGGCCUUAGGUUUUAGUAUCCCGCCAUGUCUUCCUUCUUCCCUCCACCUUCGUUGCUCCAUCUUCCGUUCACUGCUUCACUCUCCGGCACAGCUACUAGUAGAUGCGACAGCGUCAUGCCCUUGAAGAUGCUCGGAACUUCACUCUGGAUAGUUUCCUUGCUUCUCAUGGCGGCUGAGACGGCGUCGUCCUGGUCGCCGUCGCCGAUGGCCAGUUCCGGCCCUCACAUUGGUGAUGUCAACAUACUGCUCCCUCCUAAGAUGACGUACUCUGUGGAUUACCGGCUUCAAGGAUAUGAUGGCUGCUUCAAAUGGUCAUGGGAUCAUCGUGAUAUACUCUCUGUUGUACCUGAAUAUAAUGCAAGUAGCCACUGCUCAACAAGCGCGAUGUUGAGCUCCAUUGCCCCCUUUAGUGGUCGGAAGGAGACUGCAGUUUAUGCUACUGAUAUACAAACUGGGGUUGUAAUUCGCUGCAAAGUUUUUAUUGACAAAAUCUCCAGGAUUCAGAUCUUUCAUAAUUCCAUUAAACUGGAUCUAGAUGGACUUGCCACUCUUCGAGUUCACGCAUUUGAUAGUGAAGAUAAUGUGUUUUCAUCCUUAGUUGGCUUACAAUUCAUGUGGCAACUAGUACCUGAAGGUCCGGGGCCUCAUCACCUAGUUCAUGUUCCUCUCAAGCAUUCUCCUUUGAGCGACUGUGGUGGAUUAUGUGCAGCCUUAAACUUCAGGAUAAAGCUUGAAGAUGAUGGUGUAUUCUCAGAUCUGUGCGUUGUCAAAGGGACUGGGAUUGGACGUGAGACUGUAUCUGUACAGAUGCGUGAACCACAAUUUGAGCGCAUGAGUGAUAGGAUAGUACUAACUGUUGCAGAAGCCAUGUCAGUCGAGCCCCCUUCUCCUGUCUAUGUCCUGGUUGGUGCUGCUUUACAAUACACUCUUAAAGUCAUCAGAGGAAAUGUUCCACAAGUUGUAGCAUUACCAUCUCCACAUCAUCACUGGUCUGUCUCAAACUCCUCAGUUGCUGAAGUAGAUCCAAUGCAGGGUUCUGCUCAUGCUCUGAAUUUGGGAAUAACGGCUGUUGCUGUUAAAGAUACUAGAGUUGCUGGCCAUGUACAGAUUUCCUCACUGUAUGUGGUGGUACCAGAAAGCUUACAUCUGUAUAUAGUGCCACUCUCUAUUUCUGGCGACCCGAUGGAAGGAGUUCAACCUGUUGCUUCUGGGGCUACAUGGUACGUGGUUAUUGGCCAUUGUUACCUUAUCAAAGUCAAAGUUUUCUCUGGCGGGCCUGAUGCACAAGAGAUCUACAUCACAGAGAAAGAUAAUGUUAGACUGUUGGAUGAACCAACUGAUUACUGGAAAUCAUUGCCGCCAUCAGCUGCUAAUGUUGUCGAACAUGGCUGGUGGAAUUAUAGAGUCAUCAACGUAACCUCUCUGGGUCUUGGAAAAUUAGCAGCAUCUUUGAUUUAUUUCCAUGGGCAUAAGGAAAGAGAGCAGGUUCUGAAAGUUGAGCAAGAAAUUGUCGUUUGUGAUCACGUAAAAUUUCUUCUGGAUGGUAACACAACAUCUCAAGUUGUCCACCUUCCAUGGGCUCCUGCAGUUUACCAAGAGGUGGAGCUGAAGGCUGUGGGAGGUUGUGCAAAAGCAUCAGCUGACUACAAAUGGUACUCAUCAGAUGCUUCUACUGUGUCAAUUUCAACUUCAGGGAUCAUCCUGGCUAUGAAGCCUGGUAAAGCUACUGUGAAAGUAGUUUCUGGAUUUGAUCCCUUCAAUUAUGAUGAGGUGUUGAUCGAAGUUUCUUUGCCUUCAUCUAUGAUUAUGCUCCCAAACUUCCCUGUGGAGACUGUUGUGGGGUCACAUCUUCAAGCUGCAGUGACAUUAAAAUCGUCAAAUGGUGCCUAUUUCUACAAAUGCGAUGCUUUUCGUACUUUUGUGAAUUGGAGAACUGGAAGCGAGUCUUUUGUUGCCCUAAAUGCUACAGAGGAAUCACUUGCUCUCCAUAAGCUAGCAAAAGCUGGCCAUGGGUAUGUGAGUGGUCCACCUUGUUCAUGGACUAAGGUUUAUGCAUCUGGUUCUGGUCAGACGCUGCUUCAGGCUAUUCUAUCCAAGGAAUACCACAGCUUUGAUCAUCACUUCCAUGGACCUAUUGUCUUGAAGGCCUCAUCACGAAUUGCAUCAUAUCCACCACUUAUCCUGGGUCAGUUAGGUGAUGGGAACCAAUAUGGAGGUUAUUCUUAUGAAGGAACAGAUGAUGAAAUAGAAAAUUUGGAGAAGUUAUAUCUUGUUCCAGGAACAAGUUUGGAUGUCAUGCUUCUUGGAGGUCCCAAACAGUGGGGCACUAGUGUUGAGUUCAUUGAAACUGUUGAACUGCUGGAUGACGAGACUGUUAAGAAUAAAGUUGGCCUUCAAGUGCAUCAACUUACUGGCAGCUACAGGAGUACGUACCGAAUUUUGUGCUCAAGUCAUGAGGCCUAUAAAUUGGUUUUCAGACGUGGGAAUUUGGCAGGAGAUGAGCAUCCGGUGCCCACUGUUGCAGAAGUUACACUGUCUGUUACCUGCGGCAUUCCAUUUUCCAUUGCACUUAUCAUUGAUGAACCUGUUAAUGAACGUGAUCUUGUAAGGACUGUGGCUGCUGCUGAACGUAGCACAGGACACAUUCAAAUCACCCCUAUAACAGUGGCGAAUGGUCAAACUGUCAGAGUUUCUGCUGUUGGCAUUGCAACUCUAGGGGAAGCUUUUGCAAACUCAUCUUCUCUUUAUCUGAAAUGGGAAUUGAUGGGCUGUGAAGGCCUAGCAUACUGGAAUUAUGCUUAUGAAUCAAAGAGUUCUAAGUCCAGUUGGGAGAGAUUCUUGGUCCUGCAAAAUGAAUCAGGACAGUGCAUUAUCCGUGCUACUGUUAUUGGCUUCAGCAAACCAAUAAACCGUCAAUAUUCUGCUGAGCUGGCAGACAAAUCUUUGACAGAUGCUAUUCAGUUGCAGCUUGUGUCGACACUGAGGCUGACUCCAGAAUUCAACUUGUUAUAUAUGAAUCCUGAUGCAAAGGCCAAUCUUUCAAUUUUUGGGGGCAGUUGCCUCUUAAAAGCUUCUGCUAAUGACUCUCAAGUGGUGGAGGUUCUUGAAUCUCCACCUGGUCUGCAAUGUCUGCAAUUGACAAUCGCUCCUAAAGAGCAAGGGUUUGCAAAUGUGACAGUUUAUGACGUUGGACUUGUCGUUCCAGUUGCAGCUUCUGCUGUGGUCCAAGUUGCUGAUCUGGAGUGGAUUAAGAUUAUGUCCGGAGAUAAAAUAAGCCUCAUGGAAGGACAGUCUCAUUCCUUAAACUUAAUGUCUGGGAUUAACAACGGGAGAAUUUUUGACUCAUCUCAGUAUGCCUUCAUGGAGAUGGUAGUGCAUAUUGAGGAUGAUGUGGUGGAAGCUGUAGAUAAUGGCAAUAUUGGAAGUUCUUGCUCCUAUCUUACCACUCCUGACUUCAAGAUCAUUGGAAAACGGCUUGGCUUCACGAAUCUUUAUGUCAGUGCUAGACAGAAUUCUGGAAAUGAAAUAUCCAGUCAACUGGUAAAAGUUGAAGUAUUUGCACCUCUGAAAAUUCACCCAGAAGAAAUUUUCCUCGUUCCUGGGGCAUCUUAUAUGCUCAAUGUGGAAGGUGGCCCAACAAUCGGACAGUAUGUGGAAUUUGCUUCUGAGGAUGAACAAAUAGCAACAGUUGACAAAGCCUCUGGACGUCUUUCUGCAAUUUCUCCUGGAAACACUACAAUAAUUUCUACUGUUCAUGGACCUGAAGAUAUAAUUUGUAAAGCAUCAGCUCUUGUGAAAGUGGGAGUACCUUCUUUGGCAACGUUACAUGCGCAAAGUGAACAACUUGAUGUUGGUAGGCAAUCGCCAAUAUAUCCUUUAUUUGAAGAGGGCAAUUUGUUUUCCUUUUAUGAGCUUUGCAAAGGGUACAAAUGGACUAUAGACGACGGAAAGGUGAUCGACUUCUACAAGUUGGAAAAACCCCUUGGUGAUAAAAACUGGUCCCCGUUGGAUGAUGAGAAAGAACCUGAUUUUAUGAAAGUCGUGUACGGAAGGUCUGCCGGCAGGACAACUGUUGCAGUAACAUUCUCGUGUGACUUCGUUUCUAGUUCAUAUUCACAAUCUAGACUGUAUGAUGCCUCGGUGUCAUUGCUGGUUGUGCCUGAUCUCCGGCUCACGCCUGGAGUUCCAGCAGCAUGGGUUCUUCCUCCUCAUUAUGUUACCUCUGCUCUUCUGACUUCAUCUUCUGAAUCACGUGGCCAGAGGGAUAGUCACAGUAAAAAAGGAACGAUUGCCUAUUCCUUGUUGAGGAUCUGUGGUGAAAGGAAUGAAAUCUUACAAGAUGGCAUUAUUAUUGAAGGCGAGAAGAUAAGAACAACGGAGAGUAACAAUGUUGGAUGCAUACAGGCAAAAGAUCGAAUAACUGGGAAGACGGACAUUGCCUGCUGCAUCAGAGUUGCUGAGGUAGCUCAAAUCAGAAUCACAAAUGAGGAGUUUCAAUACCGUGCAAUUUAUCUUCCAGUUGGUGCUGAACUUGAUCUUCCCGUAACAUACUUUGAUGCCUUAGGAAACCCUUUCCAUGAAGCAUACAACGUUAUUCCUUAUAAAGUCGAAACAAACCAUCGUGAUAUCCUUUCUCUUGGGGGUAUUAAAUACAGCAGUGUGAAUAUUCAUCUCAAGGCUAUGCAACCUGGUCGGGCUCUUUUACGGGUAUCACUCGCUAGCAAUCAACAGAAGUCGGACUAUGUUCUGAUUUCAGUAGGUAAUUUGUAUCCGCUGAACCCUGUCAUUCAUAAAGGAGGUUAUCUAUACUUCAGUGUGGAAGGUGUUAAUGACUGGUCGUCUGGCCGCUGGCUUAGUGCCAAUAAUAGUGUCGUAGAUAUUGAUAGUUCUGGAAAAGCUGUAGGGGUUGGUGUAGGGUCCACUCAAGUAACGUUUGAGUGCCAUCCAAUGAAAGUACAAACAGAGGUCACGGUGCUAUCAGGAAAUGUUGUUUCUGUUAAUCCUCCUGAAGAGUUGCUGACGAAUGUUCCAUACCCAACGAAAGGAUACAGCUUCCCUGUUAAAUUCAGUGGUGUACAGCAAAAGUCUGAAUCUAGUGAAAGUAGCAAAGAAGUACAAUUUGACUGCAAAGUGGAUCCACCUUAUAUCGGAUAUGUAAAGCCACGGGUGGAUGCAGACUCUGGAAAUCUGUUCUGUGUCUUCUUCCCUUACCCCCCAGAACAUUUGACACGUUCAGCUCCCAGGUCAAAGGAUAUAAGACCAUAUAUAUCUCUUACCAUUUACGUUUCACUCAAAGAGAGCAACCAGGUUUCUGGAUCGGCAUCUGCGCUUUUCGCUGGGGGUUUUUCUGUACCAGAGAUGGACAUGGGUUCUAUGGAGGUGAAUCUAACACCAGACUCCAACACGACAACUAUAACCAUCUUGGGGAACACAGGUAUUGAAAUUGACUGGCACGAAAAGGAUGCCAUUGAGUUCAACCUUCUCGACGAGGAAGAUUUCGGGGUUGGUGGCCGUGCUUCCUACGAGCUGAAAGUGUCAGGACCAAACAGAGUGAAGGACCACAUUCGAAUCUCACUCCCAACCAAUGGUCAAGAAAUGUUAAUUGACGUGAACUACGAACCUGGUCCAAAACCAGCAGACGAGAAAACCCCCGCCAGCCUCACGUUGCGAUCAGUCAUAGCUGGGGCCCUCAUUUUGGUUACUUCGGUAGCAGCCAUUCUGAUAAUCAAGGGGGAAGUGUCCAGCAGAACUCGAGCACCAUCACCACCAUCGUCGAUACCUCCAACUAAUGGCACUGCAAACGCUCCUCCUCCUGGGACUCCCGAUCGUGGGAGUGGCUCUAAGUUUACAGAACAGUCGCCAAGAACGCCUCAGCCUUACAUAGACUACGUGAGGCAGACGAUAGACGAGACCCCGUUUUAUCGGAGAGACGGUAGGAGGAGGUUUAACCCUCAGAACACUUACUAGGUUAGGUUGGCCUCGCUUUAGAAGAACUCUGCUUCUUGGUUUCCUUUUUUGGAGGCGGAAAAAAAAUUCCAGGUGUAAAUAUCAGAGUGAGAUGUAUGAAAACCUAUUCUCGAACAAUUGAUCUUGAUGGAUUUAUCAGUUAGAUGCACUUCUAGAAGUAGAUUAGGGAAACAACAGAUUGCUAUCAAUUCAUAUUAGGUUGAAUUUAAACUGAUGGAUUGUGGUAUGUAGAUUUUGUGAGACUCUCGUACAAUCGUACUUAAAUGAGAAAGUUGAUUGAUAAUAGGUUUGUGAAUCUUAGCUAAUGAGUUAUAAUAUAUAAACUCAUAAAGUUCUUUAAUUUAUACUAGCUUUGUGCCCGGCCGGAUGGCCGGGUUCAUUACAUUUUAUCAUUUCAAAUAAUUAUCCCUUUGAGACAUAUGAUCAAAUGAUUUAAAAUAAAUAAAUUUCAUUUUUUACAUCUUUUAGCUUUUUUAGGUUUGUGUGAUAGUUGAUUUGAAGGUUUUGGUCAUCGAAUUUGGUGUCUCUUUUAACUUGAUUUCUUUGAGAUUAUUUGACAUAAUUGAGCUAUGGUUUAAUGGGAAUAUGUUUUUGAAUAAUAUUAAUAAGGGGUAUUUUUAUUUUAGUUGAUUUCCCUUUUUAUCUAACAUGUUAUUUUUCAUUUUGUGAAAGGGAUUUUAGUAAAUAAGUAUUCUUAUUUUCCGGCUUUUAUUAGUCUUCCUUUAUCAUUUUUUUUAAUUAAAUAGGUUAGCUUUUGGGUUAAAAUUGGAUAAAUAAAAUAUUAUGUCAUGCUCUACUACCACAAUUUUAUACAAUUAUUAUUAACGUAUCAAUUUAUCACAAAAAUAAUAACAAAUUCAAUAUCACAAUUAAAAAUACAAAAAUAAGGCGGUUUAUUAGGAGUUUUAUCACAAAAAUAAAAACAAAUUCAAUAUCACAAUUAAAAAUAAAAAAAUAAGGCGGUUUAUUAGGAGUUUUAUAGAGGAAGGGGACAUGUUGGGAACGGUUUUGAGGAGAGAGAGAAAGGUUUAAAUUUAAAGCCUAGUGACGUGGAUGCAUAAAAAUCGUUUAAGGCUUACGUGGAGUGGGUUAAAAUCUCAAACCCUUUUAAUAUAUUUUAAGAUGAGCAUACUCACGAAUUUUGUGUAUAAUCUAUCACUAGAAAAUUGUCGAUUUCGUUUUGAUUCAUUUACGUAGUAUAUAAUUAUUAAUUGGAUUGUGUUCUUCGGAAAUUAAGUAAAUUAAUGGACUACUUCUACUAUGCUAUAUAAAGAAUUUGUACAGACGAAUAUAAAUUUAAUCUAAAAUUACAACAUAAAAACAAAAAUCUAUAACUAGGGAUGGCAAUGGGUCGGGUUUGGGGCGGAUUGUAAACCCAUCCCCGUACCCAUUUUCAAUUAUCAAAUCCAUACCCUCCCCAUCCCCAUACGGGGAAGAUUUUGCAUCCCCAUCGGCCCAUCCCCAUCCCCGCGGGUUUCGGAUACCCGAGGGUAAGCCCUGCCCCGUACAUCUUAUUAUGAUUAUAACUUAAUUAACACACUUGAAUUCAACAAAACAUAUAACUAUUGAGUUGAAACAUCAAACCUAAUCAAUGAUGAACCUAAUAAAGAACCACUGAAAAUCUUAAUUAGAUCAUCCAAUUCCUACUAAGUUCCAUAAAUAAAAUACCAAUAAGUAAUCCAACACCAAAUUAUUCAUCUCCAAAACACCUAUUAAAUAAUACAAAUUCACACAUAAAAGUCAAGUUAUCCUCCCAAGUAGGGUUAGAAACGUGUUAGCCUGUUAAGAAAUUAAGAUUGGUUUA